UCUUCGGGGUUAUAAAACUAGUUGAUAACAUCAAGUCCCAUAACUCUGAUAUGUAUUUUGGUCAAAUUAUGUCCCCUUUCUAACUUAAAACUCUUUUGAUAUUUCACAUUUUGGGUAAUAAUUUCCUGCUUCUGUGACAAUAUUUCGAAUAGUCGAGCUUGGCUGUCUUACGGACAGCUCUUGUUUUCUGUCCAAAUGAUCAGCAUUUGCAUACGAAAGUUGGUGGGGUAAAGAAUUUACAUUAUCACAGCAGUUUCGCCACAAGAGUACACAGCAUGUAUGCAGCAGGAGUACACAGCAUGUACGCCGCAGGACUCGGGCCAGGAGUACACAACAUGUACGCCGCAGGAGUACACAACAUGUACCCCGCAGGAGUACACAGCAUGUACGCCGCAGGGGUAGUACACCGCAGGCUCAUUUGCAUGUGAAAAGUGUAUGUGCCGCGUACAUGCUGCGUACUAUUUCCUGCAUACUAAUUUCCUCCAGCGUACAUCCUGUGUACUAUGUAGUCCACAGCAUGUACGCAGCAAGUAGUACGCGGCAGAGCUCAUUUGCAUGUCAAAAGUGUACUACAAACGUACUAUCGGUGUAUGUGCGGUGUAUAUCCUGCGUACUAUUAAAAGCCCUUGAUUUCAGUACACAUCAUGUACGCAUCAUAUACGCUGUAUGUACACAGCAAGAGUAUGCAGCAGGCCUUUUUCUUCUGUAAGGGCUGCCCAAACUUUGCCUAGAUUACUACUUGAUAACUAAAAACAGCCCAUCCACCAAAGUUCUGAAUACCUAUUAAAAGGUUUCAGAUUCCUGUUCUGCAUCCCAAAUUAACACUAGAAAAAAGAUAUGAAAUAUUCUUGAGAGAAAAAAGUUUUUUACUCCAAAUUCAUGCAUCCCUUGCUGAAAUUUUGGGCAACUUUCUUUUUUGCCUUGUAAAACCUUCAGAGUCUGUUCUUAUGGGUUAACUUUUAUUCUAAACAUGAUUCUGAUGUUCAUUAUUGGACAUUAUGCCCCUUUCUAUGGGAACUAUGGUGGGGUGGGCACCCCUAAAAAUUGGGCUUUUUUACGCCCAGUAUUUAAUUAGUGUUUGUUUUUCAAUUUUUGUUUUAAAAAAAUGAUUUUAUGUGUAUGUGUUAUCCGCAGUCAAACGCGGUAUUCUAACCCGAGUGGCAAAAAUAUUUGGUGUGUCGACCCGACCAAUAAAAAUUCAUCUCUAGUGUGCCAAACUGAUCGCAAAAAAAAAUCUUUGGUUCUGUAUAUAAGUAUUACCCUAACCCUUUGACAACUUAUUUAAAAAUAUGAAAGCAUCAGUUCAUUGUUUUGUUAUUUUACAGUCUUAACGACCACAUCCGGAGGCAGCAUCCGGGGGAAAAUGUUUCUUCCCUUACAGCCGUUGAGAGAAACAAGACUUUCAGGUCAAGAGGGAAGAGGCGGCUUUUUCGUUGCACCUGCAACCAAAUAGUCGUCAAAAAAAGACAGCAUUUGGCAUAGAGAAAGUUCCACCCGGAGCUGAUUGGCGUCCCUGCAACAUCAUCUGUAAUGAUAAGAAAGAUGAAUGGAUUUAAGAGAUUGACAUUUGACUAUGUAAAGCAUGCAACAGACACGAAGCCUCUCGAUAAUGAUGAUGAUGAUUAUGCUGACUCAGAUGAUGACCUAGAGAUUGAUAUGGAGCAGAAGUAGGAGGGUUAUACCCUAACAAAAGAUUAUGUUUUGACACUGCCAAAGAAUGCUAGAGUGAUGAAAGGGAGGAGGGAUUUCAAUGAAGUGACAGAAUGGGCUGGUUGGAGACAGAGGAGGAUUGGUGGGGGGAAGGAGGAGGAACAGGUGAUGAAGAGAAAGGUGAUGAUAAACAGGUUUCUAGCUCUCGUUGGCUACAAUGAGGAGGUUGAGCUGAGUCCGUUGUUGAUGGACCAUACUAAUAUAGAGCUCUAUGACGGAUACAUGUUGAAGACAUUUGAGCAAGGAACAGUAAGGGCUGCUUACUGUUCCAUCAACAACUUUAUAAACUACCUGUUGUAUUCAAAACUGAUAUCAGAGGCAGUGCACAAGAUGACAAAGAUGACUAUCAAACCUAUCAUCAGCAACUAA